UGUGUAGUGUGCCGUGUUAAUUUACUUCCCUUUUGCGAUGAUGCUCUCAUCGCUCUGUUACAUUUUGAAUGGAUAUACGCCAAACUGAAUGUCAUUUUUCAGUCCCUACCCCGGCCGUGCGAUGUUUGUAGCCUUCGUAGUUCUGCUCCUCUCCUUGCCGGCGCCAUCGGCCGGUGACCAGCUGCUCUGCGCCGGCGCCAACGGCAAGUACAGCCCAAACAGCACCUACCUGACCAGCCUUAGAUCCCUCGCCGAUGAACUUACCGCCAGAGCCAUGAACUCGCACUCGGCCACUGGCACGGCCGGCACGGGCUCCAACGACAAGGUCUACGGCGCCGUGCUCUGCCGAGGGGACUCCACCGGCGCCGACUGCAGCGGGCGCCUCCGGGAGGCCUUCGGCAGGACCAUCGACGCCGACAGCACCGGGGCCGCCGCAUGCGCGCUCCACAAGGACGUGGCGCUCUACUCCGAGCUGUACCAGCUUCGCUUCUCCGACGAGGACUUCCUCUCCGCCUCCAGCAACGCGCCGGAGUGGGUCGACGGCACCAACCUGAAUCUUGUGCCGGCCGCCGAUGCUAGGCAGUUCGACGAGCUGGUCGCCAAGCUAACGAGAUCCCUUGCAGAGGCCGCGGCAGCGCAACCGGACAGGUACGCAACGGCCGACGUGCCGUGGUCGUCACGGGAGAGCGAGCGGACCGUGUACGGGCUGGCGCAGUGCAUGCAGGACAUGCCGCCGGAACGCUGCCGCGCUUGCCUCAACGGAGUCGGCGCUGAGAUACGGCGGCGGAUAGGUAGCAGCAAGAUGGGCGGAGCGAUUCAUGGUGCGCGGUGCACACUCCGGUACGAGACCGGCACCCAGUUCUUUACGGAGGCUGCCACAGGCAAGUUGUUGCCUAUGUUAGGGCAAAGGAAGGGCCACGCACUCCUGAUUAUUGCCACAGUGUACUCGCUCUCGGUCGUCUGUACACGUUUGCUUUUCUGUGUCCUAUACAUCAUAAGACGAAGAAAAAGAGGGAAGAUAAACUCCACGGAGCAGCCCAAGAACAUAGAUGAAAUCCUGAGGCUUUGGAAGAUGGAAGAUACCGGUUCUGAGUUCUCCUUGUAUGAUUUCUCACAAAUCGCAGAUGCUACAGACAACUUCUCACCCGGCAAAAUAUUAGGACAGGGUGGCUUUGGGCCCGUUUACAAAGGAAUAUUUCCUGACGGACAAGAAGUAGCGAUUAAAAAACUCGCUGCACGGUCAAGACAAGGUCUAGUGGAAUUCAAAAAUGAGAUCCAACUGGUAGCAAAACUUCAGCACAGACACCUUGUUAGGCUGCUGGGUUGUUGCAUCCAUGACGAAGAGAAGAUUCUGAUCUAUGAAUACAUGUCAAACAAAAGCUUGGACUACUUCAUUUUCGAUCCAAACAGGAGGACAUCAUUAAACUGGAUGAUACGACUUAAAAUAGUUGAAGGAAUAGCCCAAGGGCUUCUAUACCUUCAUGAGCAUUCACGACUGCGUAUCAUCCAUAGGGAUCUGAAAGCAAGCAAUAUUCUGUUAGACUCUGAGUUAAAUCCUAAGAUUUCUGAUUUUGGCAUGGCAAGGAUAUUUCCGUCAGAUGCCACUCAAACAAAAACAAGCAGGCUUGUUGGAACAUAUGGUUACAUGGCUCCUGAGUACGCAUUUGAGGGCCUCCUUUCGAUCAAGUCAGAUGUUUUCAGUUUUGGGGUAUUGCUUCUUGAGAUUAUAAGUGGAAAGAGGAGUGCAGGAUUUCAGCAUUAUGGAGAAGGAGAAUUUCACAAUCUUCUUCAAUAUGCAUGGCAGAUGUGGGAAGAAGAAAGAUGGCAUGAAUUCAUUGAUCAAUCAAUUGGUGAUGAAUAUGAACCAGGAGACAUGAUGAAAUAUCUCAGGUUGGCACUGAUGUGUGUCCAAGUAAAAGCAGUAGACCGUCCCACUAUGUCUGAUAUUGUUGCAAUGCUUAGCAGUGACGACAUCACUGUACCAGAGCCAAGGCAACCAGCUUACUCCUAUACCAGAGUAGAUGUGUCAGUGAACAUCAAUUUAUCAUGCACCAGAAAUGAUAUAACCCUCACCACUACUGAUGGUAGAUAAAUGAGUAAUUUAUUUCAUUUGCAAAGUGUGUGACUACUGGUUUUGGAUGUUCUUCUUGUAUUGACAAAUUAAGUAGACAGGGCACUGUUUGUAUUCCAUUAGUGACUCAGAACUUCACCCAUUUAUCCUAUUCCUGCAUAUGUAACAAGAUUUUCCAUCAUAUGCAAUGCAAUAUUUACAAUUUUGUGACUAUGGGAACAUAUACAUAUCUGUUUCGAAACAACAUAGCACUCGAACCAGCACAUGCCCUGUGAGCUGCUGAGCAGAUCAACAAAACCACCCUACUAUCUACCGUCAGAUGGUCCUUUGAGAUUCACAUAUUUUAUGUCUCUACACUGUGCAACAUUGCAGUCACUGUGAUGAACCAAUUCAUAUCUAGCUUCUAAAAUCCAUUAUGGAGAAGGUAUUCUACACUCCCGGUACUCCCAACUCUAGAAAUCCCAUUCUAAAAGUAAUGAAAAAUUUCAACAAAAAUUGGCAAUACAGACAAACUUAUAUAUAAAUCAUAUAACAAAAAAAAUCAAAACAAUGGAUUUGAAAUACACGUCUAGAAACAAAAAUGACAAAUAUAGCUGUGAAUAGCACUAAUCCAAUUUGGGCCGAAUUCAGCUCAUUAACAAUAUGAAUGCUGGAUUCUUCUUUUUUGUUUCUCGAGCUACAGAUUAAGUUAUGGUUUGGAACUUUGUGACAUAGCAGAUACAUAUAGUAUAAGUAUUGCAAUUCUGCUCACAAGUUUUGGUAAUUUUUUGAUAGGCCAAAACACUCACGAGCACCAGGAGUAUUCCACACCGGGAUUACUCCAUACAUUCUCGUCCGUUCUAUGCAUGUUAGACAUGAAAAUGAAUUAAUGAUAAAGUGAAAGUGCAAUCUAGAACAUAUGGUGACCUUGUUUUAGACAUGAAGGUACUGUAAAAUUGCCUUUACUAAGAUGUGAAACUAGGACAUGCUACAACAGUGAUGAUGGUCUCAAAGGCUCGAACUGAAUAGAGGUGGUAUAGCCCACCGGGGAUAGCAACAUAUUUCCCAACACAAAUAGAUAGUUUCUCUGUAAAAUGUUCAUAUAAUUAAUAUGCAUGAAAGCAGGAUUAGAAGGGAAAAAAAACGCAAUUUCAGAUAACGGGAUUGA